AUGCAUAAACAGGUGCACGACUCCAACUACAUUGUCAAGUUCUUUGGCAUCACCAAACAUCCACUCACACACGAUACUUGCAUUGUGAUGCAAUUUGCAGAAAAUGGAUGUCUACAGGAUUACUUGGAGACCCAGAACGUGUCCAUCACAUGGCUGACAAAAUAUCGCCUUGCAUGGGAAAUAGCCAGCGGUCUGGACUUUAUCCAUCGAGAAAACAUCUUCCAUACUGAUCUGCACUCACGCAACAUUCUCAUUGAUACAGACGGGAAAGCACUCAUUACCGAUUUCGGAUUGAGCAAAUCUGUCAAUAAGACUAUCUAUACUACCAAGGCAGGACUCUUUGGUGUCGUCCCCUAUGUUGCACCAGAACGAAUGCAGAAUCCCACGAUUACCUAUACUUCCAAAUGCGAUAUCUACAGUCUAGGCGUCAUUUUGUGGGAAUUGUCAAGUUGUGUGAUCCCCUUCGAAGCGCAAUUACAGGAUGUAAUGCUGGCAGUGAAUAUCAUCAAUGGAGUGCGCGAAAAGACUGUACCCGGAACAGCAGUUGAGUAUGAAAUGCUUUAUAGGCGGUGUUGGGAUGGGCUUCCUCAAAACAGACCACAAAUGGAUAUUGUUCUUUCAGAGUUG